AAUAUCUCGAUAAUUAUUGCGAAUAUCGCAAAAAAGUAUAGGACUUUUAUGUUCACAUCAACCCAUUCUACGUUCCCACAAAAUACCCGGAGGAGAGUGUGAGACACUCUAUAUACAGAGUAACAAUACAGUAACAAGCGAGAAGUAUACGUUACUCCGCCUCGAAAUCAGUUGUUUACUCAUCGUUGCUAAGAGGCUUAAAACUCGAUUUGCAAGGACGUGCAUAUAUCAGCAGACUUAUUAUUCAAACGCAAACCCAUGUUUGUCACUCUCUAACGAGGCAGCAAAUCGAAUUGAAAAGAACAGUGAGAAACGGUGAAAUAUCGGGACAAAGUGUAAAGGAUUUGGAUAGAAACAAAAAGAUGCGGUUGUUACCAAUGGUAUUUUGGCUGCUCUGCCUGUCGAUCUGCGACGGCUAUCGUUUCCUCGGUGUAUUCCCUUUUCAUGGCAAGAGCCACUUCGUCAUGUUCGAGGCUCUGAUGAAGGGUCUCGCCAGGAAGGGGCAUCAGGUGGACGUAAUCAGCACGUUCCCCCUGAAGAAGCCCUAUCCGAACUAUAACGACAUCGUGACAAUCCAGGCGCCCGUACAGCUGAUGAACAAUCUGACAUACAAUGUGAUGCACCAACUGAUCUCCUCGAAUGUAGCAAAAGCGGUCGCGACGAUCGGCGGCAACGAUAUCUGUCAGCAUCUGGGCAAGCCGGAGAUAAUCGAGCUGGUGAAAAAUCCGCCGAAGGAUCCUUCAUACGACGCGGUGCUUUUGGAAGUAUUCGGCGCCCCCUGCUUCAUAAUCAUCGGCCACUUGUGGAACGUGCCCGUCAUCGGGGUCAGCACAACUUCGUUGUACCCGUGGUUGCACCGAACCAUCGGGCAGCCCGAGAAUCUCGCCUACGUGCCGAACAAUUGCCUCAGCUUCUUCGGCAGCAUGAACUUCUGGCAGCGUAUCUACAACAUACUGCACACGGCUUACUUUAAAUGGAUCUUCUAUUCGUUUUCGAGCGUGCAGGACGACAUAAUAAGGGAGCACUUCGGCCCGGGCUUGCCGAGCGUGUGGGAAUUGGAGACGCAAAUAGGGCUAAUCCUCAUCAACUCUCAUAUCUCUCUAAACGGUAUCAAGCCGAUAACACCUGCCGCGGUGGACGUGGGCGGACUGCACGUCUACGACGAGGGCCUGACGCUGCGACCUGACUUGGAGAAAUGGAUGAAUGACAGCAAACAUGGUUUCAUCUACUUCACUUUCGGCUCUAUGGUAAUGAUCGAGACAUUCCCAGACGAGUUCCUGAGAGUACUUUAUAUAUGUCUCGGCAAAAUAGCACCGGUGCGGGUCUUAAUGAAGGUACCGAAUCCGGAGAAACUUCCGCCGAAUUUGCCAAAGAACGUUCACACGUUUCGCUGGAUACCGCAGCUCAAAGUAUUGAAGCACCCAAACAUCAAAGCCUUUAUUACUCAUGGUGGGCUCAUGGGGACGCAGGAAGCGGUAGCCUGCGGCGUUCCCAUGAUUGGUAUACCGUUAUUCGCUGAUCAGUUUACGAAUAUCGACACAUACGUCGCCCGAAACAUCGCCGUGAAGGUGAAUGUAGGAGGAAUAACGGAGGAAAAAUUGGACGCGGCCUUAAACGCGAUUCUGUGGGAUCCAUUAUACAGGGAAAGUGCGCAGAAUUUGUCCCGUCGAUUCCUCGACCGGCCAAUGAAUAGUAUGGACACUGCUAUUUAUUGGAUCGAAUACAUUGUCAGGUACGGCAAUGACGCGUUGCGAUCGCCCGCAUUGGACUUAUCUUGGUGGCAAUUAAAUCUCAUCGACGUAAUCGGCUUUCUCGUGAUCUGCACGAUAAUCGUGCUCAUCGUCGUUGCGUUUAUCGUGCAUUUCGUCUUAAGAACGACCAAAAGAAGUUCUCACAGUUCGCUACGUUCGAAGAAGGUUGAUUGACCGAACUAGCUUUGAAGUGAAAACGUUUUAGAA